UCGCGCUCAGCCAAUAAUGUGGAGGGAGCUGUUGUGCACAUCUCAGCUGGCAGACAUUUAAAAGGGAGACAGUCCGGCGCUGGAGCAAUUUGUAUUAACCCCCCCACCCCACUUCACCACCACCACCUCCUGGCCCCUGUCUAUGGAGCGGUUGGUCUCCCACCCAUCCACAGUCCCGCCAGUGUACAGUCGACAGCAGUAGGUGCCUCUCACCUCGGAAGGUGCCUCGCAGGACUGACAGGAUCUCAGCAGUGCGCUUGUUGCAGCGGAGGCUCCAGCAGGAUGGCCAACUCGACGCGUAUCUUUUGCAGUAUGGUUUUCAUCAUCGGGCUGCUCUCCUCUCCCGUGGACUCGAAAAGAAAUCGGGGUUCACAAGGCGCCAUUCCUCAUCCUGACAAAAGCAACCCAAACGAAUCGGAGCAGCAACCGCAGACUCCGCAGGCGGGCUCCGGGUCCCGGCAGAGGCAGGGCUCGUCCUCGCCGGCUGACGAGGUGCUGGAGUCCAGCCAGGAAGCUCUGCACAUCACGGAGCGCCAGUAUUUGAAACGGGACUGGUGCAAGACGCAGCCGCUCAAACAGACCAUCCACGAGGAGGGCUGCGUCAGCCGCACCAUCAUCAACCGCUUCUGCUACGGACAGUGCAACUCCUUCUACAUCCCCAGGCACAUCCGCAGGGAGGAGGGAGCCUUCCAGUCCUGCUCUUUCUGCAAACCCAAGCGUUUUACCACCAUGACGUUUACUUUGAACUGUCCGGACCAGCAGCCACCCACCAAGAAGAAACGCAUCCAGCGCGUCAAACAGUGCCGCUGCAUAUCCAUAGACCUGGACUAAAACACACACUGAGAGGUGGUGCGUGUGUGUGUGUUUCAUAUUCUUAUUCUUCGCGGACAGGAUUGUUGGUAUAGAAAAAGAGAGGCUGUCACACAGCCAAGAGCACGUGCCGGUCUCCAUCUGGGGAUUUGCUCCACAUUUACUUAAAGGUUGCCUACAUGUACCACGAGUGUCUUCUUGCACAACGUGUGAACAAACAUGGAGCAACUCAUGAACCGACGUUGAACUGAAAAGAACAUUUUUUUUUACUCCUCACAAGUUUGAAAACAAGUAUCACUGCACGGGAACUUGGAAUGGGCACGUUUUUACGCACGGCUUCCUCACCUCAGUAGGACAGCACAUCCCCGGCUUAUUUAACAAAUCACUGUUCCACACACCCCCUGAACCAGGAUACACACUCCUGCUCAAUCCCUCUAUUCUUAUGUGUUUUUAUAUGUUUGCAAAACUGGAGGUUUCCACUGUGUGGGAUUUGAUGGAUGAGUGGCGAGAUUUGUAAAUGGAAGAUGUGACUUCAUUUCGAUAUUCCAAGAAUCCUUGGGUUGGAAUGAUUUCUGUCCUUAAGUAAAUUCUUUUUUAUUUGAUAAUUAUUUUCAGUUUCUGUAAGUUGGGUGUCCACACAAGUGUAGUAACAUGAGCUUCUUAACAGACAAUGUACAGUGAUGGUUUGUAAAAUAUAGAGAUAAAAUAGUUGUAAAAUGAAAAGUCCAUGUAAUCGGUUUGUUUAUUCAUUUGAUUAAAUUAUCAAUGGAAACAUAAAAUAAAAGGAUGUUGGAAUAUUGUUGCAUAUUGUUGGUAACUUUAAAGCUAUUUGUGAAGGAAGAUGUGUCAAAUAAAAUGUGAGACAUUCACAC